AUGAAAAAUCAGAGGUUUCCUUUAGCAAGGGUGUUAGCAUUGAGCAGAAGGGGGGUUCUAAUGGGUGUGUUGAACAUGAGACAAGUGGAUAGGUACGAAAAGUACUUAGGGAUUCCAACUGUUGCAGGGAGGUCAAAAAAGGCUAUUUUCAUUGCUCUCACUGAUCGUAUUUGGAAAAAGUUGCAGGGGUGGAAGGAAAAGUUGCUUUCUAGGACUGGGAAAGAGGUUCUCCUCAAGUCUGUUAUUCAAGCCAUUCCGACGUAUCUUACGGGGGUUUAUAAAUUCUCGAUUUCUGUGAUCCAAAAUAUUAGAUCGCUUGUGGCUCGUUUCUUUUGGGGACAGAAAGAACUUCAACGAAAGAUUCAUUGGAAAUCCCGGGACACUAUGUGUGCUCCUAAGUGUUUAGGGGGUAUGGGAUUCAAAGAUCUUGAGAUUUUCAAUGAUGCUCUAUUAGGGAAGCAAGCAUGGCGGUUGAUUCACAAAGAAGAGUCACUUUUGAGUAGAGUUAUGAAAGCAAAGUACUACCCAAAAAUCGUCAUUCUUGGACUCCUAUUUGGGAUUUGGAGGAAGUUAUUCUUGGGGGAGAGUUUGGAGUAA